AAGAAUCUUUCAACCUUUUACCCUUCCCUCCCUCCCUCCCUCCUUCCAUUUCCCCUUUCCAUUCCAUUGAUUCAUCGAAGAAAUCCAAAUCAAUCCAUCUUUUCAGUUCAUCAGCGAACUUUCUCACUCUCCCUUUACAUCUUCUUCCAUUUCCUCUCUAUUUCGCCCCUUUUUCUUCAAGUAAUCAUCAUACAUUUGCAAUUUCCCCCAAUAUUUUCUCUCUUUCUUUCAAUUUUUUGAUGCCUUUUUCUCCCUUUACGCUUUCUUCUCUUAGAACCCUUUCAGGGUUUAUUGUCGUCGCGUAGAGAUUUAGCGGCGCCCAGUUGUUUACCCAACUGGGUUUGGAUUGAAUCGAUCUUUGUGGGUCUGCUUCGCCGAUUCAAAUGUUUGGAUGAUGGAUGAAUAUUAUUCGCUUGCAAGAACAGAGGAGAGAGAGAGAGAGAGAGAGGGGUGAGAACAAAUGAAACAUUGGGUUCUUUGAUUACGGCGGAAUUCUGGGUUUGUUCUAGCGAAUUGGGAGCUUUUUCUUAUCUGGGUCUCUGCUGAUUCCACCAUUUCUGCAGGUUCUUGUUUGAUUUCUGGAGGUAAAUUUUUUCAUUGAUCAUGGGCAGAGAUAAGCCUAGAACCAUGGGCUGGCUAAGCAAGAUUUUAAAAGUUGGAUCUGGCCAUAAAAUAGCUGAAACGAAUUACGAAUCGAACUAUGAGGAGGAUCAGAAUUCUCAUCUGCCCUCGACUUCGGAGGGUUUAUGGUCGGAGAACGAGAAUGACGACAUCGAUCGUGCGAUAGCGAUUUCUCUUGUGGAUGAUAGUCCGAAGGCAAAUAAUGUGAUGGAUCAUGAUUAUCAAUCGGAUGACGACGAACUUCUUGCCAAAGCAGUGCAAGAAAGCCUCAAUCUCGACCCUCCUCCACAAUAUACAAAUGGACAUAUGUAUCAACCGUAUAUACCGCAAUAUCAAUUCGGUUCGAGGAUAUGUGCGGGCUGCUACAAUGAGAUUGGCUAUGGACGUUACUUGAACUGUCUCAACGCAUUUUGGCAUCCGGAAUGUUUCCGGUGUCGUGCCUGCAACCUUCCUAUUUCAGAUUAUGAGUUUUCUACUUCUGGGAAUUUUCCCUACCAUAAAUCUUGCUACAAGGAGAACUAUCAUCCAAAAUGUGAUGUUUGCAAGCACUUCAUUCCGACGAAUCCUGCUGGUCUUAUUGAAUACAGGGCACACCCUUUUUGGAUCCAGAAAUAUUGUCCGUCUCAUGAAUAUGAUGCCACUCCACGAUGUUGCAGCUGCGAACGAAUGGAGCCACAAGAGGUUAAGUAUAUUCCACUUCACGAUGGUCGAAAGCUUUGCCUCGAGUGCCUCGACUCUACGAUCAUGGACACGAAAGAAUGCCAACCUCUUUACUUUGAGAUACAAGAAUUUUAUGAUGGUUUGAAUAUGAAAGUAGAACAGGAAGUUCCAUUGCUUUUGGUUGAAAGACAAGCACUAAAUGAAGCAAGAGAAGGAGAAAAACAUGGCCAUUAUCAUAUUCCCGAGACACGAGGGCUUUGUCUGUCGGAGGAACAAACCAUUAGCACGGUUUUAAGGCGACCUAGAUACGAAAGGGGGAACCGAGUAACGAACAUGAUGUCGGAGCCCUAUAAACUAACACGUCAUUGUGAGGUCACGGCAAUUCUCAUCCUGUUUGGUCUUCCUAGGUUACUUACGGGGUCGAUUUUAGCUCAUGAGAUGAUGCACGCAUGGCUACGUCUUAAAGGUUUUCGAACUCUAAGUCAAGAUGUCGAAGAAGGUAUCUGUCAAGUUCUAGCACAUAUGUGGUUGAAUACCGAGCUGAUGUCUUGCCAAGACUAUAACGAUGUUGCGUCGACCUCGUACUCCGCUGCUCCCACGACAUCGUCAAGAAGAAAAACAAUGUCUAAAUUUGAGAGAAAACUUGGAGAGUUCUUUAAACACCAAAUAGAGUCCGACAUGUCCCCAGUUUAUGGAGACGGAUUUAGAGCCGGGCAGAUGGCCGUUCAUAAAUACGGUCUUCGGAGUACGCUCGAUCAUAUUCAAAUGACCGGUACCUUUCCUUAUUGAAACUGGAGACGUGUACGUACCCGUAAUCGAUAUCGAUUCUUUAAAUUUCUUCUUCAUUUCUGUUCUUGGCCUUCCAUAUUUACAGCUAAGGCCAAAUUCUUUGAAGGAAUCCACUUUGUGCAGAUUCAUUUAUUUGAAUGCUUAUGGUUCCACA